AUGAAGUUCUCUACAGCAAAUGUACUCGUCGGCUCGGCCACGUUGGCCUCCGCGUUCCCAGCCGCGAUUUUGAAGAAGGUAGCCAACGAUCCUGCCCUACGGGCUCGCGCCGCCGAAAUCGAGGCCAGCCAUCCGAAGCGACAGGUCACGGCCGAUGGCGCUACUGCCCUCUUCGAGCCCGUUCCGAUGUUCAACGCACAAGACCAAUACGUGGAUGUGUCGAAUACAUCUGGCCACGCGUGGGUAGCUCCAGGCGAAAGCGACCUGCGAGGUCCUUGCCCAGGUAUGUGCGCAACUUGAGCUCUGGAGAGCAAGAUCUAACGAUACGACAGGAUUGAACGCAUUUGCAAACCACGGCUUCCUACCUCACAACGGUUACGCAACGAUCACCCAGUUCAUCGAGGCGACAAAUAGCGUCGUUGGUAUGGGACCGGAUCUUGCAGCUUUCCUCGCAGUCCUCGGUGCAUCUAUCGAUGGGGACGGAACUGCGUGGUCGAUUGGCGGUACACCACCUGCCUCAGUUGGCGAUUCGCUCGCUCCUCUCGGCAAUGGAAUCAGCGGCUCACACAACAAGUACGAGAGCGAUGCAUCGCCAACGCGGCCCGAUUUGUACGAGACUGGAAACGACUACGAGACUCAGGCCGACCAGUUCAACCAGCUCAUUAGCAUGUCGCCUGGCGGAUCGGUAGAUCUCAACUCCCUCACAGAGUUCCGGUCGACCCGAUUCGACACCCAGAUCCAGAACAACCCAUACUUCUUCAACGGCCCGUUCACUGGAGUGCUCGUCCAGCCCGCGGCAUACACCUUCAUCUAUCGAUUCAUGGCCAACCACAGCCAGGAGAACCCCUACGGCCUUCUGAGCUACGACACUGUUGCUUCUUGGUUCGGUAUGACCAUGAACGGCGACACCUACGUUGCAAACCAGGGUAUGGAGCGCAUUCCAGAUAACUGGGUAAGUCACUCACCCUUCGACAUUCUUUAAUAUGACCUCCUAGCUAAAAGUUUCCACAGUACAAGCGCGCCCUGGCCUAUCCAUACACCAACGAGUACUUCCUUGCUGAUGUUGCCAACGCCGCUGCCCUGUACCCCAAGUUCUUGGACAUUGGAGGAAACACCGGCACGACCAACUCUUUCACUGGCGUAAACGUCGAGGACCUUUCGGGUGGUCUCUACAACGCGCAAACACUUUCGCAGAACAACGGCUUUGCUUGCCUUGGUGAGGCUAUCUUACUUCUAUUCGUUCGAGAUAUCAGCUAACCUCGCAUCCGCAGCCUACCAAUUCGCCGCCCAGGUCAAGCCUGACGUCGCGCUUGGUGCCCUGACCUCUCUCACCAACGCCCUGUCGCCCAUUCUUGGACAGCUAUCAUGCCCUACACUUGAGGCAAAGGAUGAGAGCCAAUUGGAGACAUUCCCCGGCUACAGCAAAUCCGGUGUUGCACCCUCCUAA